CUGCUGUGCUGAGUUUGGUGAGAAGACUGCAAGAUGUUUGUCAAGCUGCUGCUCAACCUGCUGCUUCUGCUGCCAACUCACGCAAAGACUAAAUCUGAUCUUGUUCUGUCAUCUGUGCUUCACCGCAUGAUUGUGUCUGCGACCAUCUGCCGGGACAUCAUGUGGAUGGUAUGUGGAUCAUAUGCAUCAUGUGAAUCGUCACAUGGAUCAGUCAUCUUCAGCCACGCUCAAGAGGAGGAGACAACUGAAGCCUGGACCAGCAAGUCCUGCAACUGUGACUGUGAUGGAGGCGUGGCACCCACUGACUCCUCCCCCAUUGGCUCCUCCUCCUCAGUGCGUGGAGUGGACUGCAUGCCAGAAUGUCCUUAUCACAAACCUCUGGGCUUCGAGGCGGGAUCAGUGAGUCCAGAACAGAUCAGCUGUUCCAACCAGGACCAGUACGGUGGAUGGUUCUCUUCCUGGCUGCCCAGCAAGGCACGCCUCAACACUCAAGGCUUUGGAUGUGCUUGGCUGUCCAAGUUCCAGGACAACAACCAGUGGCUGCAGGUGGACCUGAUGGAGGUGAAGGUGGUGUCAGGAAUCCUCACUCAGGGUCGCUGUGACGCAGACGAGUGGGUGACCAAGUACAGUGUCCAGUAUCGCUCUGACCACACACUCAACUGGAUCUUCUACAAGGACCAGACUGGCAACAACAGGGUCUUCUACGGGAACUCGGACCGCUCGUCCUCGGUCCAGAACCUCCUGCGGCCGCCCAUCGUGGCGCGCUACCUGCGCAUUCUGCCUCUGGGCUGGCACACUCGCAUCGCCCUGCGCAUGGAGCUGCUGCUCUGCAUGGACAAGUGUGCCUGAUGACCUCUGACCUUUGACCUCACACAGCCUUCCACCCGUGUCAGCAAAAUGUUGUGUUGUUACCUCCAAAGACCUUUUCAUCUUUGAUAUGCAAACCUUUUCUCUCACAUCCUCUUAUUGUCUUCAAUCUGUGCUUUCAUUUUCUCUUUGCUGGUCAAAGGAUUGUUACCUUUGACCUGCACCUGCAUCAACUCAAAGCAAUAAUCAGCAGCGUUGCCAUGCAAGAAGAAGCUAAUAAUCAGCAGCGUUGCUAUGGAAGAAGAAGCUAAUAAUCAGCAGCGUUGCCAUGCAAGAAGAAACUAAUAAUCAGCAGCGUUGCUAUGGAAGAAGAAGCUAAUAAUCAGCAGCGUUGCUAUGCAAGAAGAAACUAAUAAUCAGCAGCGUUGCCAUGCAAGAAGAAGCUAAUAAUCAGCAGCGUUGCUAUGGAAGAAGAAGCUAAUAAUCAGCAGCGUUGCUAUGGAAGAAGAAGCUAAUAAUCAGCAGCGUUGCCAUGGAAGAAGAAGCUAAUAAUCAGCAGCGUUGCUAUGGAAGAAG